AGUUUGUGAUUUUGCAAUUUUAUGAAGAAGUAUAAUAAAAUAUUUGCUGAAAUCCAAGGAUAACCAAUUGUUGCACAUUGUACAGCAAUACAUAUUUGUGUGUCCUUUUGACAAUCCUCUUUAUUUCUUUCUCAAGACUCAACAUGGCGCUGCUUUGGGGAGCAGCUGCAGCAGCGGUAGGAGGGCUGAUCAUUGCCAAUAUGGACUUCUGGUUGCCCAAGGGCGGAGCAGAAACUACCGAGGCUUACCUUGCGGGAGCCACCUUGCAGCUCCUGGGGGAGACGAAGCUCCAGUCCAAGAUCAGCAUGAUGGAUGAGGCUCUGAGAACAUUCAAGGCAAAGGAUCUGUGGAAGGAGACGGGGGCCGUGGUUCUGGCUGUUCGAAGGCCUGGAUGAUCUUUGUGCAGAGAGGAAGCUCAAGAGCUGUCCUCUCUGAAGCCAGAGCUGGAUGCCCGAGGUAUCCCGCUCUACGCCGUCCUCCUGGAACCAGGCGGCUUCAAAGAUUUCUUGCCCUUCUUUUCUGGAGAAGUCUUCCUUGAUAAAGAGCUGAGAUUCUAUGGAGAGGAAAAACGAAACAUGAGUAUUUUCGGUCUCCUUCGUAUCUCAAGUUUACUCAAAGCCAGGGAGAACAGUAAGCAGGGUAUUCCAAUGAAUUAUAAGGGUCACGGCCUCACACUCGGGGGUGUCUUUGUUAUAGGGCCCAGUGAUCAGGGAGUUCUUUUGGAGUAUCGCAAUAAGGAUUUUAGCGAUCAUGUCUCGAAUGACAAGGUGCUUGAGGCAGUCAAGAAAAUUGCUCCUUCUACCGACAACAUAUCACCAAAGUUGUAACUCUUCCAAAAUUGUAAUUCUUUGAUAUCUUGUUAAGCAUAUGAAUGGAGAUACAUCAUAAAUGAAUCAAACAAGUAAUAUUGUCAAAUUUGGACCCAUUUUUAUAACUCCUUCUGUUGAUUUAUGAGGUAUUAUCAAGUCCAUAUGUUUCUAAAAACUUUUUUUCUUCACUUUUUACCUUUUUUAGGUAUCAUUAAAAUCUAAGCUUUUGAAUUUCCUCCCAUUGCAAUUCAGUGCGACAUGCAGUCAAACGUACCCUUGCUAAUCCCCCACAGGGGGUCAUUUCAUAAAGCUGUGAGUUAUGCACGACUGGUGGCUGUGUCUUCUGGUGGAUUUGGUGGGUGUUUCAUAAAGCUGUUCGUAAGUUAUAAAUGGAUUCAUGUUAGCCGGUGAUCCUUUCAAACAAACUAAAUCAACAUCGAUAAUAAUGUAAGUUACGCACAGCUGAUGGAUGUUUCUUCUGGUAGAUUAGGUGGGUGUUUCAUAAUGCUGUUCGUAAUUUACGAAUGACUUCACGUUGACCGGUGAUCCUUUCUUACAACCUAAAUCAACAAUAAUAUAGGGUAUAUCAUUUACCACAAGGAAGGAUCAGCUGUCGUUCAUAAAGUCAUUCUUAACUAAGUUAACUUACAAACAGCUUUAUGAAAUGGUCCCCAGGCUCUCGAUUGUUUGUAUUCCCAUCAGCUUAUGUUGAAAUCUGUCCUUUGUCUAUCAAUAUUUUUGUUGUUAGCAAUCAUUUUAUUGGAAAUUUCAGUAUUUUUUUUUUCAAAAUAAAUUUGAUUCGGGCCAACACACUCCCAUGAUUUUAAACAGGGGUAUCUCAUUUACUUGUAGCUCAAGAAAGGAUCGACAAGCUCUAAUAAAUUUGUAACUCAAGGCCCUGUCACAUCGUCCCGUGCAAGCCUUGUGGGUGAGUUGUGGAUGUUUGCCCGCAACUCGCCCGCAAAAAUGUUUUGAGCAUGUUCAAAACUUUUAUGCAUGCAAAUCAGACUUGCGUGCGAUUCUGCGUGUGAGUUGCGUGCGAGAUACUGUCAAUGCGGCCAACCUGCGUGUAGCAAAAAUAGUUACCUACAAGUCACACGCAAGGCUUGCACGGAACGAUGUUACUGGCCUUAACGAAUAGCUCUAUGAAAUGCCCCGUGGUUUGCUUCUUAUACAGAAUUGAUUUGCAAUCGAUAUUUGCAAUCAGUUGCUAGCAUGUCUCUUGCAACACCACUAUGGUCCUUACAAAAUACAAAAAUUAUUCUAUAAUGACACUAGGGGCCCAUCUUACAAAGAGUUACGAUUAAUCCAAUCAACCUCCAUUAUAUGGAAAUCCAUCAAUGUCAUAAUUUUUCUCACAGAAAAUUCACCCAAUGUCCUGUGUAAACAGAGAAAAGCCCAACAAUGUUUUGAUCAAAUAUGCAUUUUUGAUGUUGAUGUUGCUGGCUUUCCAUAGUUGUUGAUCGGAUCAAUCGCAAGUAUUUGUAAGACGGGAUCCUGAUCUCCCAUAUUAGAACAUUGGAGUUUUAUUGAGUUUGAAAUUCAAAAUAUAAAGCUUAUUUUCUUCCUAUCUAACCAAUGAUUUCCAAACCACAUCUGUUGAUAACAUAUUGAAGAUAUGACAAUUAUUUCUUUUCACAACAAAUUUUAUAUAUAUAUCCUCUUUUUGUGAUAAUUUUGUGUGUGAUAAAACCGAUGUUAAAACAAAUGCAGCAAAUGAAUAGAAGGCCAAGCCUCAAUUUUGGACAGUGAAUGAAUGUAUUAUUGAUCUCUAUGUUUUUUUGUUUUUUUUUUAUUAUGUUUCAUUGAUCUCUAUGUUAAUUCUGUUUACAUUGUAUUGUGAAUUCAUACUGGUUUUGUUUUACAAAUAUGCUUCCUCGAUCAGUUCUCUUUGCAUUGUUGCAUAAUUUUUCAUAAAAGAGGAUACUCUCAGAGAAUGGACUACUCAUUGAAAAGUGAGAUUAUUUUUUUACUUAAUGUUUUGUUAUUUGUAUUGCGUCACUUUGAUCUUGCUGCAGGUACAUGUUCCUGUCUGUACCACCCAAAUCGAUUUCUUUUUACACAUCACCAAUGAUGACUUUAUUUCAAACACCCCUUGGUGCCAAUAAGGUCUGAUGUAAAACGAUGUGUAGCAGUAUUUCGAUUGGGUUUACAGAGAGAACAUGUAGCUGUUUUCGAUGUCAUUGGUUGAUCGUUAUGAUGGAUUUAGUGAUAUGUCAGGCUUGUGAAAUUAUGAACAAUGAAUAUUAAUAUAUUGUUGAAGAAUGUCUGUGUAAUAAACCACUGAAUUACUGAA